CACACAGUUGUCGACUCUCCGCGCAAAGGUAUGUCCGAAUCGCUGCUCUUUCGUUCGGUUCGUGGCAUUUGACGACAGCAUUCGCUCGCGUCAUCUGCUGAGGGUAGGGUAAACAUAUGCUGCUGGCACUCUGUAACACGCCGACGCUUUUGACCGACUCGUACACGCGUUUCGACUACAAAACGCCCACUGACGUUGCAUUCACCCGAAGACGGCACCACGACGACGGUGGUGCCAGGCAUACUUCUACUCGACACCCGGCUGUGGAAUGAAAAGGCUACCUCCUCUGCUUGUUGUUCUUUUUGUUGGUGCUGGCAUCUAUGGCUCUGAAGUUGCAGAACCAGUUGAUCCUAAAAACCCUGUUGAUGUACCAGAAAAGCUGCUAGAUACAAUCCAUGGUAUUAAAAUGGGUGUGGUGAAUCCCCAGUGUGAUAAUGCCAAGGUCAACAUUUCUGUUGAUUUUCUGGAUGAUCCAAUGGUAUAUGUGUGCUUCCAUCCCAAGGCAAUGUACCCACUUGGAACAGUUGCACACGGACACUCUAAGCAAAGUUGUGACACAGUAUCUGCUGAUUAUCGACCCAGGCACUACUGCAUGAACUACCAGAUAAAGUACGACUCAUAUCUACCAACACAUGAAGGACACCGACCUCUCUGGCCUGUAUUCGGGGAGUAUAGAUACGUUCCACCUCAGCGCUGGCUUCACAACAUUGAGCAUGGUGCUAUUGUCAUGCUGUACCAUCCAUGCACUCAUCCCUAUUAUGUGGACGCACUUCGCAGCAUAGUUACAGGCUGCCUUCGCAAGCAUAUUAUCACCCCUUACGUUCACCUCAGCCCUGACAGGCCUUUGGCUUUAGUUGCUUGGGGAUGCCGCUAUGAAAUGAGCACUGUGGACCAGGAGGAAGUUGUGGCUUUCAUCAAAGAAAAAGCUAUGAAAGGGCCUGAGGGAUUCUACCCAAAGGAAGGCCAGUACACACAUUUCCUCCUGAAGACUUCAACAUCCCCUUUGGGAUCUGACAUGAAUGACACUGUCAUCUGUCCCGGAUUUUGAACAUUUCUCAAAGGGUCUGCAUUACACCAUUCAGCACUACUCAGUAUUCACUCAGGACAUGGAGGAGGCCAUCUUAAUAUACAUGGGUGGCAACAAGAAACAGUCUCUGCCCCAAUCCUUACUCUUUGUCAGCUUCUUGCACCAUGCAAAUGUGCACUGACAGCAAGCCCAAAGAAUGUUCGCACAAUGUGGAGGAAGCUUGGAACAACGCACGAGCCCAAAUAAUAUUCAGGCUCGUACGAAAAAGCAGAAAAAAAAAAGUUCAACAAGUUGGUCUCAUCGUUUAUCUUUUUCAAAAGUAUGCCUUUGACUUGCUCAGUUUGUGUUCUGUCUUCAAUCCUUUCACUGCCAAUGCUGAGAUAAUUCGGCAACCAUGCACGCACGGACCCAGCCAGUCCCGAACAUACUCAUUGAGGCUUUUUAAAUCGCACCCUGGCCUUCAAUUCUUGCUUAAAGAAACAGUAGGGGGUUUCCAUCAUCUACGAAGAAGGUAUAUAAACAAAUAUAACUUGUGGCAAACAGAUGGAGCACAUGUGUUAUGCAACGUCAUUGUCUAGCUUCUCGUUGCCUGCAUGUCAGCAGUGUAGCUAUGACAAGCUAGUACAUGCCCGUGCAACUUGAGCAGAUUUUGAUGAACUUAACUCUGAAAAACAUGGAUGAUUCUGGCUUUUCACUUUGAAUCAGUGGCAAAUUAUAUUUUGUUAAAUAGUUAAUUACUUGUAACAUCUCUGUAAUUCUUAACUUGCUUGAAUAAGUGCAAAUCCUUAUUUGAUUUUUAUGAGUAUGAGAAUUGAAAAAAAUUAUUUGAUGCUCAGUGAAUAUAUUUACAUGACCUGCUCAGCAUUCUGCUGUAUUGCUAGAACAAAAUUUGCACGGAAAAGAAAAAAGAAGCAAACAAAGGACUCUGCUGGAAAUUUAAACUGUGCAGAAAAAAAAAGGAAAACAUGGCAGUGGCAGGGUUAAAGCUAGUUAAAUGCAGGUUUAGUCUGUAAUUAUUCAUCAUGUAAUUUCACAAUUCUCGCUGUACAUUUUUUUUCGGUAACUCAGACAAAGAGAACGCUGUUUGUACCAUCUUCUCAUUACUUGUCCAAUAGCAUAUAGCAUAUCUGAUGUGAUAAUUGUGGUACAUUUAUUUUAAUCAUAGUGAUGAAAGUGAAUUGGGACAAGUCUUGUGUAGAAAUUGGUGACAUAAUCAAUGCACCCAAUACUUGUGCUCUCACUUGCUUGAUUAUGCAGAAAAUUGCAAAGCUUGCAACUGUCGAAAUGAGGUGGUGUCAUGGAAAAAAACAACAAAAUGGGAGAAGGUCAUGCUCUUGAAGCCAGUUGGGCAGAUAUCUUGGUGGUCCUUUGCUUCUCUACUCGGAAGAUGAGGAAGUGCAGUGAGCUGUUAGCAGUUUGUACUAUACUGCUGAUGUGCCCCAGAACAAAACCUGCAAAAUGUGUGCGAAAAUUUCAAUGAUGCAGACAUGUCCCUUUCUGUGGCCCAUUGAAGAAGACAACAAAAACUUGUGUUGAAGUUGCUUGACGUCCUACAGCAGAGAUGCUCACUGAGCAGCAGCACAUGGCUGCUGCAGCUCACAAACCUAAAACACAUUUUCAAGCUCGUAGACCACUACAAAAACUAGGGGAAAAAUUUUAAAUAACAAAUAUAAUUUCAUCUCAUUUGAUUUAAUUCACAAAUGGAAUAAGCAUAUAUGAAAUGCAUAUUUAUAAUACCCAUUGAUGACAAGAAAUGCUCGAAGGAACGAAUAGUUAUUUGCUUGUUUUUAUAAUCAAAUUACCUAAAUGCAUGCUGCUCAUGUACUUACGGGACUAUCGACGCUAUACUGACCACAGGAUGAAGACAUGUUUGCUUAAAAAACUACAGUGUCGUCAAGGCGACACUGGAGUGCAUCAAUUUACUACCAUAACAUUCAUGAUAAUGUUAACUCAUGAAACUUGCUUGGAAUUUUUGUCAGUUUUAUUUGAAAGUCUGUUGACAAAGUACCACCUUCAAUACUGUAGUCAGUGGUGUAAUUCAACCUACAAUUACAAGAUAUUUUGAAGGCUCUCGUUUCUGCUGUAUACAAGCUUGUUUCAGUUUAAAUAAUAGUGGUAUUUUUGUCAGGUAAUAAUGUUCCUCUAUUACACCUGUGGACAUUUGUUUCAGAAGGAAUGUGGAAUUUUCAGCCUGCUUUUAAAAUUAUCUUACCAGUCUGGGGCUGCUUUGAAAAUGGUUUGCUUACUUUUGAAAAAAUAUCCAAUUGGUAUUCAACCUGGUGUCAUUGCUAUUCGAUUCUGCUCUGAAAUUCACUAUCCAUGCAUCCCUACUAAAAACACAGCUUGUGUCACAAAUAGAAUGUUCUGUGAGAAAAUCUCCGAGCAAAACUAUUCUCUCAUUUUCUUGAAGCCCUAAGCAUCCAAUUGCUGCAGCGGCCGUAUUGCUGUGAAAAUGUGGGGACAGCAACCGCAGCUUCAGCCACAAGCUCUCCAACACACUGGAGUUGGCUUGCUUCUAGCAUUUACUUCCUCCAUGGAUGGUGCCUAGAGAUGAGGGACAGUGCCAGAGCAUGGUGGGAUCACCGCCGAAUGUCAGAUAAUGUUAAUAUAUAACUGUUGCAAUUCCUGCAUCUAUACUUUCCGCUUGUUAGUUACUUGAUACGCUUUAAUGUGUUUUUCGGGUUGAACUUUCACCAAUGGUGUUACUGCUGUACAGCUGGAGACAUGCACAAAAUAGUAUCAUACCCAGCUGCCGAACCAUACUCAUCGCUUGGAAUGAUCGCUGGAGCUAAUAUUUCAACAAUACUAAUUGCAUCACAAAAUAAGCGCAUGAAAAGUUGGGACAGGAAUGACUGCGGCAAAGAGCUGUGACUUCUAACUAGUUUAUUUUAAUAAAAAGUGCUUAUAUGCAAGGAAAGGGAGAAGGUAUGAAACAAGACAAGAAAAAGUGCUCACAUUUUCAUGACAUCAUCUUAUGUGUUUCGAGUGUACAACCACCUGUGCUUGCUAGCCCUGCUAGAUAAUCAAAUUCUUGAUUCAGUCAGCUGAUGCGGCAAACGUGUGAGCACUAUUUUUUUCUAUUGUUGUCUCAUACUGUCUCCCUCGCCUUGUAUAUGUACAGGAUAAAACUAGUUGGAAGUCAGCACUCAUUGCCUCGCUUUGUUCCAUUCCUUUUCUAAACAUUUAUGCACUGUCAACAUUUUGUAUUGUAUGUAUACUAACUUGCACAAGCAUGAACUCUUUUAUGCUUGCAUAUUUAUUCUCUGCAAAGAGCUCCCUUUGUCUUGCUGAAGUGCUGUUUUGUUGUAUGGUUUGCAGAGAAACAUAAAACAAAAACAUUCCAUGGACGUGACCUUCAUUAAUUUGAUACUUUUACUGCACCGAGGAGUUGAUGCAAGUCUACAAGCACAAAAGACAAGCAUUUGCAAUGUGCCAAAUAGGGUGCAAUGAUACAGUUGUAUUUUUUUUUUCAUGUGGCUUUAAUAUUUGAGAAAUAUGUGUCUGAUAUGUACCACAUGUAUGCUAAAUGUAUACAAGUGUAUCUUAUUUAUGUCAGUCUGCACGUGAUAUUAAAUCGAACAAUUUAAUUUGCA